CAUGUUUUUCCUUUUUUUUGAUUUUUUUUUCCAUCUUUAGAAUUUCAAUUUAAUUAAUUGAUUUAAUUGUCUUUGUUUUCUUGAUCUUUUUUAAUUCACUAAUGUAAUUUAACCUCUAUUGGAAAUUAUAGUUGUCCUUCAACUGGUCUGUUCUUGUAAGGAGGAUUAUUUUUGUUUUCUCUGUAAUAAAUUCUGGUGAAUUUGUGUUCAGUGUUUUUGUUUGUUUUGAUUUUGAUUUAGAUUACAAUUAUGGUUUCUCGUCGUUUACCUGCUCCAAAUCAAAUUAAUUAUGCUCUUCACUUGAUAAAUAAUCAAAUUUCACCUAUGGUUAAUUUAGAUUAUGAAGCUCAAUUGGCUAAGAAACAAUUGAUUGCCAAAAGUGUUCUCUCGGUAGUUGGUAAAAAAAUCUCCAAACUUAACAGAGAUAUAAAAAUUCAUCCUGGUGGAUUACCAUGUUUAUUGGAAGAAAUUAAAAGAUCUCCUGUCAUUAGUGGAUAUCGUAAUAAAGAUGAAUUCUCAAUCUGGCCUGGUAGUGAUGGUCAAACACCGAUUGUUGGAUUCUUGUCCAGUUCUCUAAGUGAAAAGACAACUUAUUGUAUCGAGCCCGAUUUAACGGUAACCACUAAAGAGAUUCACAAAAUGGCAGCGAAAAAGUUUCAACAAUACAUUCAAUCUGAAUCUUCAUUAGGAAUUUGUACUCAUUUUGAUAAACCAAACGGUAAUUGGAGACGUUUUAUUGUUCGAAGUAAUCAGAAAGACGAUUUGAUGGCGAUAUGUGUCUUACAUCCAAAAGUACUUACACCAAAUGAGCUCAACGAGGAAAAGUUAAAGUUGUCAGAUUUUUUCAGUCGAAAUUCUGAACAAUUAUCUCUAAAGUCAUUAUAUUUUCAGUCUUGUCCAGCUCAAAGAUGCACCAAUGCUUCAGCUCCUUUCCAAUUACUACUUGGUGACAAAACGAUAAAUGAGACAAUUUUGGGCCAUGAUUUUGAUAUUUCACCCGAUUCAUUUUUCCAGGUCAACACUCUUGGAACUGAGGUUCUCUAUCAGAGUAUAUUCGACAAGUUAAACAUCGAUCAAAAUACUGUGAUUAUUGAUCUAAACUGUGAAAUAGGAACAGCAAUUAUCCCGAUCGCUUCUAAGGUGAAAAAGGUCUUCGGGAUUGAUCCAUCAAUCGAUUCAAUUGAAACUUGUUAUCGAAAUGCUCACAAAAAUGGUGUCUCAAACUGUCAAUUUUUCGCCGGUUCCAUUUUGGACAUUCUACCUGACCUGUUUAAAAAAUUGUCAAUGGAAAACAAUAUAAUCAUCAUUACUAAACCAAAACGUGGUGGACUAACAAACUCGGUUCUCAGUUUACUUCGGGAAUUUGAUGCAAUCAAACAGAUCAUUUAUUUAUCAAGUAAACCUGAUAGUAUGAACGCCAUUUCAAAUUUUAUCCACUUAUGUAAAUCAUUUAGACCUGGUGAUGGUAUUCUUGGAGGCCAUUUUAAUCCGAUCACCGCGAUUCCUGUUGAUCUAUUUCCCCAAACAAACCAUCAAGAAUUGAUUGUUGUUUUUGAAAGAAAAGAGAUCGUUCUGUUCCAGUGAGAUACAUAUUGAAACCCAUGGACGAAACUUAUUGACAAUAAUUAUCCCAUCUAGUUGAACAAUUAAUAUUCAUAAAGUACAAUUGUUUACCGUCCAUAGUUAAUUACGGAAACGAUAAAACAAUUUUUCUCCCUGUUGACUGAUCCAUGAUGAAAUGAAUAUUUAUAAAUUUUCACAUUAGUUAUGCAAAUAUUAUUAUUUAUAUUAUCCACUGAUUAUCAUCUCAAAAUGUCUGAUUGUUUUACCCAAUCCUAAACGUCAAUGUUAUUUUCAUGUUAAUCCAUUGAUGUAAUAUUCAAAUUUCUAGUCUUAAUUAGUCCAUUGACAUUGUCUCCAUUGUAAAAUUUAGGUUACAUGAUUACCGAGAUUCAUUAAGUGUAACCAAUUUGGUUAAUUAGUCUCCUUGAAAUGGUUACUCCAAAAAGCUAAAAGGAAAUGGUUCCCAACAAAGAGAUAAUGAAUGGAUAAAUUUUCUCAAAGGAAAAGAAAAUACAAACACAAAGAUGUUCGUAUUUAAAUUGUGAAGGCAAAUACAAAAGAAAAUCAACUUCGGGAAUUACAUGAUUGUGCUAUAUGGAUGGUUACCUCAUUAAUAUCGACUUCCACAUUGGCGACUGAUUUUUAUUUGAAAAAUUCUGAUGGUUAAUUGAUCUGAACCUUGAGAAUUUCCCUCACUCUAAGCGACCGUUAAACAAUCAAAGAUUAACUUUUAAUUCAUUUUAAUCAAUUUCGAUUGAACUAAUCUAUUGUUCCACUGGCUAAUCAAACAGUAGCGAAAUCAACAAACAAACUAAAAAACAAUUAAACCCAAAGAAAUGGAACCAAAGCCUGAUGAAAGCUCGAAAACGUAUCAACUCGAUGGAUCGAACCUUGAAUCUCUCUCUCUCUCUCUCUCUCUCACAAAUUCUCAUCAACUUGAACUAAGACUCUUUCCCGAUAGAUAAACAAAUUAAUCGUUUGUCCAGUUUUCCUGUAUCAUUGGAUCAGAAACAUGAUACAUAUAUCAAACUGUAAUAUUUUCGAGGUCAUGUCCAAGAAAUACGGAGUAGAACUUUUUUUCGCAACCAACUCGAAAUGAUGAACAGCUAAAGCAUAUAUAAGAUAUGGGCAAAGAGACAAACAAUAAGGUGUUCAUGUUGUUCAUCCGGUUGAAUCUCACCAAGCGUUGAUUGUUAUCCAAGGUUAACCAUCAACAGAUUUACACUUUUUCAUCGUGUAUUAAUUGUUAAUCGGACCGAAGACAAUAAUCUAGUAAUUGUUGAAUAAAUUUUCCUAUUUACUUUAA